UGUUUUUGAUACAUUGCAGAGAUGUCUCGCAAGGCGGCCACUUCGCAGUUAAAUAAAUCGAAGAUGCUUGACAACAAAUACAUGCUUGGAGAUGAGAUCGGGAAGGGAGCGUAUGCUCGUGUGUAUAAAGGCUUGGAUUUGGAGAAUGGGGACUUCGUUGCAAUUAAACAAGUUUCUCUGGAGAAUAUUGCUCAAGAGGGUCUCAACAUUAUCAUGCAAGAGAUUGAUCUGCUAAAGAUUUUGAACCACAAAAACAUCGUAAAAUAUCUUGGAUCGUCAAAGACAAAGACACACCUGCACAUUAUUCUUGAGUAUGUAGAGAAUGGCUCACUUGCAAACAUUAUUAAACCAAACAAAUUUGGACCCUUCCCAGAAUCAUUAGUCGCUCUUUAUAUUGCCCAGGUUUUGGAAGGCUUGGUUUAUCUGCACGAACAAGGUGUAAUUCAUCGGGACAUCAAAGGUGCAAAUAUAUUGACAACUAAAGAGGGUCUUGUGAAACUUGCCGAUUUUGGGGUUGCUACAAAACUCACUGAGGCCGAUGGUAAUAAUACAUAUUCUGUUGCUGGAACACCAUACUGGAUGGCCCCUGAGGUGAUUGAAAUGUCUGGAGUCUGUGCUGCUUCAGAUAUAUGGAGUGUUGGCUGCACUGUAAUUGAGCUUCUCACCUGUGUUCCUCCUUACUUUGAUAUCCAGCCUAUGCCAGCUCUCUUCCGGAUUGUUCAGGAUGAGCAUCCUCCGAUACCUGAGCAUCUAUCCCCUGGCAUCACAGAUUUCCUAUGUCAGUGUUUUAAAAAGGAUGCUAGGCAGAGACCAGAUGCAAAAACGUUACUUUUGCAUCCUUGGAUACAGAAGUCAAGGCGUGCUUUGUCCUCACUCCGGCAGUCCAGUGGAACUAUAAGAAAUUUACAGGAAGAUGUAUCAACUUCUGUAGAGAUUUCAAAUGCAGAUAUUCAAAGCACUGGAGAAAACCCUCCUAGGGAUAAAACAAGAAUUGGUUCCUCUGAAUUUGGACCUGAGGAUUCUGCAAACAAGUUUUUGGCAACUGAUGCUGUUGAUAAAGUCAAGUCUGUUGAGGACUGUGAAUCAAAGGAUAACAUUGUUCAGGAAUGUCUAGAUAAUUCAAAAGGUCUUCCUUCAGAUAAAGAUCCCACCUUAGUCUUUCAUGACAAGUCAUACAUGAGAACUAGUUCUGGUAGGCUGUUGUCUACUAAAGAAGAGACUUGCACUAAUAUGGCCUUCCAUGAGCAAUCAAAUAUGGGUUACCACAAUAAAUUAAUGCCGGAUGGAGAAGUGGUAUCUCUUGAAUCACAAAGGACAAGCAUCAGUACAAGUGAACAUGAAGGAAAAGGAGGCCAUAUGUCUGGUGAGAAUAAUUUACUUAGCGUUGGGCCAAAGAUCCAAGAAGUUACUUCUCAAAAGGCUGCAAAGGCCUCAGUAAAUUCUGGAGGUGAACCGAGUAAAUUCAGUGAUGCAUUUGGAGAUACUUCAUUGAACGAUUUAUGUCAACCAUUGGAUAAAACCCAAGAAACCCAGGCUGCUGAAGCUUCAACGUCUGCUUCCUCAUCACAAAUGAAUCAAGGCAGUGCAAUUCAACGCAGUGCUCGAAAGAAUGACCUUGCAACAAAGCUCAGGGAUAGAAUAUCUCAGAAGCAGAUGGACAAUGAAAGGGGUCAUACAAAUGAAGGGGACCUGUUGCGCCUUAUGAUGGAUGUCUUGGGGGAAGAUGUGAUUGACGUUGACAGUUUUGUUUUUGAUGAAAAAAUGCCCGGAGACAACCUCUUUCCCCUACAGGCUGUUGAGUUUAGCAGAUUAGUUGGGUCACUGAGGCCAGACGAACAAGAAGAUGUGAUUGUAUCUGCAUGUCAAAAGCUGAUGGCUUUCUUUCAUGAGCGCCCUGAACAGAAAAUUGUUUUUGUUACCCGGCAUGGUUUGCUACCUCUAGUGGAACUACUUGAAGUUCCUAAAACUCGUGUUACAUGUUCUGUGCUUGAAAUUAUAAAUCAAAUAAUCAAAGACAAUGCUGACUUCCAAGAAAAGGCUUGCCUUGUUGGCUUGAUUCCUGUUGUGAUGAGUUUUGCGGUACCUGAUCGUCCCUGGGAAGUUCGUAUGCAAGCAGCUUAUUUCUUUCAGCAGCUUUGUCAAUCCUGCUCAUUGACACUGGAAAUGUUCAUUGCUUGUCGUGGAAUACCUGUUCUAGUGGGCUUUCUGGAGGCUGAUUAUGCAAAGUACAGGGAAAUGAUUCAUCUAGCCAUCGAUGGCAUUUGGCAGGUUUUCAAGCUUCAUCGCUCUACACCCAGAAACGAUUUUUGUCGCAUAGCUGCGAAGAAUGGUAUACUUAUUAGGCUAAUUAACACCCUUCACAGCUUGAACGAGGCUACUCGAUUAGCUUCUAUGGCAAGUGGGGUUGGAUCUGUUCCAGCAGACUGUUCAACUCCACGACAAUUGUCUGGGCCACUGGAGUAUUGCAAUCAUACUUCAAAACUGGGUGAAACACUUCUGAGCUCUGAUCAAGCUGAUACGCUUAAGGUAAGAAGGCAUGGAGUGACAGAUUACCCUUCGUCUGCUGGAACAUUUGAACCAUCACGUGCUUCAACUUCGCACUCCCAAAGGUCAGAUGGCAGCCAACUUGACUCCAGAUACAUUCCUGGAGAGCCUGAUAAACCUUGGUCAAGCAAUGAUGUUAUGGAACCAUCAAUUUCUUCUAAGUUUCCUGAGCCCAAAGGUCUGGAGAACAUUGGGAAUCUAGGACACAGAGAACCUGCAACCAAAGAUUGGGAACUCUUGGAUCAACGGAAAACUGAUCCUUCUCGAACAGAAGUUGACCUUAAGCAACAGCAGCUCACUACUUCCAGUAAUAGGACAUCUACUGAUAAGUCUCCAAAGCAGAUGGAAUCAAAUGGGUUCCUCACUUCAUUAGCUCCUCAACAAGAUCGAGUUCAACCUCUUCUUGGCUUGUUGGACAAGGAACCUCCAUCCAGACGUUUUUCAGGGAAGCUUGAGUUUGUACGUCACCUCUCUGGAUUAGAGAGAAAUCAAAGUAUAAAGCCUCUAUUACAUGCAUCUGCAGAAAGGAGAACAAAUGGUGAACUAGAUUUCCUGAGGGCAGAAUUUUCAGAGGUUUCUGGAUGUGGAAGAGAAAAUGAAAAUAUGGACUGUGCUCCAAGAAUGUCUCAUAAAGCAGUCAAUAAGAAGGUAGGACCAAUGAAGUUUAAUGAUGGAGCUGCUUCAGCAUCAGGAAUUGCAUCUCGGACCACAUCAGGGGUACUUUCUGGUUCAGGUGUUCUAAAUGCUAGACCAGGGAGUACUGCAUCCUCUGGCUUACUCUCCCACAUGGUAUUGACAAUGAAUACAGAUGUGGCCAAGGAAUAUUUUGAGAAAGUGACCGACUUGCUGCUCGAAUUUUCCCAAGCAGAUACUAUUGUGAAAUCUUACAUGUGCAGCCAAAGCUUGCUUAGCCGUCUUUUCCAGAUGUUUGACAGAAUAGAAUCUCCUAUUCUUUUGAAGCUGUUGAAGUGCAUUGAUCAUUUGUCAACUGAUCCGAACUGUUUAGAGAAUCUUCAGCGGGCAGAUGCGAUCAAACAUUUAAUCCCAAACCUUGAAUGCCAAGAUGGCCCUCUUGUCUCUCAAAUACACAAUGAAGUCCUCAACGCCCUGUUCAAUCUCUGCAAGAUAAACAAGAAGAGACAGGAGCAAGCUGCUGAAAAUGGAAUUAUUCCACACUUAAUGUGCUUCAUCACAUCGGAUUCACCCUUGAAACAAUAUGCAUUGCCUCUACUGUGCGAUAUGGCCCAUGCAUCUCAUCAUUCAAGGGAACAAUUAAGGUUCCAUGGAGGGUUGGAUGUUUAUUUGAGUCUUUUGGAUGAUGAGCCAUGGUCAGUGACAGCACUUGAUUCUCUUGCAGUCUGCUUGGGACAUGACAAUGACAACAGAAAAGUGGAGCAAGCUUUACUGAAAAAGGAAGCAGUUCAUAAAUUAGUGAAUUUCUUCCAAUACUGUCCAGAACAGCAUUUUGUUCACAUAUUGGAGCCCUUCUUGAAAAUAAUCACGAAAUCAGCACGACUAAAUACAGCAUUGGCUGUCAAUGGUUUGACACCACUGCUGAUUGCCAGACUCGACCAUCAAGAUGCUAUUGCUCGCCUCAAUCUGCUCAAGAUGAUAAAGGCUGUUUAUGAGCAUCACCCGCGGCCAAAGCAACUGAUUGUGGAGAAUGAGCUGCCUCAGAAGCUUCAAAAUCUGAUUGAGGAGCGUAGUGGCCCGAGCUGUGGAGGCCAAGUUUUGGUGAAACAGAUGGCCACUGCAUUACUUAAGGCGCUUCACAUCAACACAGUUUUGUAAAUUCAAGUCCCCUUCUUUCUUCCUUGUAUGUUUGAAUGAUUUCCUUCAAGGAAGCAAUGUAAUUAAUUUUAUACUCUUUAUCACCCACAAAAGGAAAGGAAAAAAGAACAAACUGAAACUGUUUCUACUCUUCAA